AAUAACACACAUCACUUUCAAUAACAUUAAAAGUAAGGAACAUUGGCUUAACCCCACUCAACAUAUUAUGCUAACUUAUUUCUCAUUUCCAGAAUGAGUCUAUUUUCCAUGUGUCUUUCUUAAGGCUGUUUUGAAUGAAUAUCCAUUACCCUGGACCAAAGAAAGAAAAAAGUGCAUUAAAAAAUUCCAGCUUACCGGGGUUUUGACUGUAAUAGCGUAAUUGCAAUUAUUCCAAAUUGAGCUAACAGUCAGCGUAAGUAUUCCUCUGAGAGCAGUCUACCUUUUAGUAAAGUAAUUGUUGAAUGAAAACAUUUUUUAGCCUCUCGUUUGAUAGCAAUCUUGUAAUUUUCUUUAGUUUCCUUAAGCUUGUAUUUUUCCUCAUUUGACGGAUGUUAGAAUUACAUUUACCGGUGGAAAUACCACCAAUAAAACAGCUGUAAUGGUUAACUGAUUAGGACCGCAUCCAAUGGUGACAGGGCAGAAACUUUGUGCGAAUCAGGCGAGGUCUGCGCCAAUCAGUGCAGGUGGACACGUACAACAAACUCAUAUGACCUUUGCAUCCUCAUGUAAACACUGCAUCCUCCUGCAACUGUGCAAAUGGGUUCAAAAUGAAUACAAGCCAAGUGCCAAAUGCCAAAAAUUGACUUUGGCAGGUAUAUAAAUUGGCCAGGUGGCUGGUAACUUUGUUAGAAACUGAAAGACAAUAUAUGAUUUAAAAUGCAAUGAUAAUCUGAAUCUUACUGACAUGAGCAAUUCAAAUCAAAGACAAGAUAAUGAGAAUAUUGGGCACAACUUUUGAGCUUUAUAAUGACUUUUAUCAAUGUGGGUAAUCGGCGAGAAAUCUUGUUACACGUCAAAUAUCCUGGACCUUAAAUCACCAGAAGGAAAAAAUAAAGAAAAAAAAACAAACUAUUUUUCUUUAUGUUUUCAUGACAGGUGAAAUAUCACUGAGAGAAAGAAACUGACUGUAAGAGACACUACGGCCUGUGCUGUUUGUCAGUUAAUAUGCAAAAAAAUAUGCAAGUUGCAAGAAAAUAUGCAUGUGCUGUUGAUAUGCAAGAAAAAAAUCCAGAUAAAUAAUGUCAUUGUUUUAGGGACAUAAAUAAAUAAGCAAAUAAAUACAUUCAAAAUAUGGUUUGUGGCUGGUAAUUAACAUUUAUCAAUUUAAUUUGUUGUGCAGACGGCAUGCCAAAUAAAAAAGCACUUAACGAUUUUUAAUAAAAACUGAAUGUAGUAAUGCACAGAAUAAAAAUGCUGACAUAAUUUAAUCUGAACACAUAAAUGUAAUAGUUUUGGAUCGGAUGUUUAUUUCUCCUCCCACGUGGAAUUUGAAUCUUUUUGUCAUGUUGUACAGAAUCAUUUCAUUAUGACUAAUAAGAUACCAAAUGUUUACUGCUGAGGGCAUUGUUGACACUAAUAAAAAAUGAUAAUGAUCAGCCAGAGAGAUAAUUAUACUCAUGUGAACUCAAGAAACCGGGAGGGUUUACGAUUUAAUUUACAUCUUAUGUAUACAUUCGUGUGCCGACAUCUGUGCUUCUAAAUCUGUAUUUAUCAUAGACACACCCCCUUGUAUCAUCCCACCCCGUCUGUUCUGAUGUGGCCACUAGCCACAAUACAAGGAAUAUCACACAUGCGGAUCGGAGUAUAAAUAAGGAGGAGUUGAGACGCGCUCUCUGCCAGAGCUGAGGGGUUAAAAACCCAGUUACCCUGCAGCACCUCUGGCUAUUUAUUCAUUCAAGUGCAAAUUUGACUUAAAAAUACACACAAGUGUAGUGCAAUUAUUCUGUUUGCCAUAAAAAUGCAAAGCAGCCACCUUUUAAAGGCAGUUCUGUGCCUUUUCAUGCUGUUUCAUGCUUGUUUCAGUGCUGACAAUUUUAAAUCGAGUACUUACUGUAUUUGGACCAGAUCCACUUCAGGUGGGCAAACACAGUAUGCAUUUCUCCGGAGAACUCAGACAUCUCUUCUCUUGUUUGACAGCAUCUGGAACAAAAACAACAGCCUUUUUAGUUGCAUAACAAGUGAUGAGCAAUCUGUUAUUGAGAGUUACCUGUCCAGGUGUUGGGAAGACAGCUCUUUCUCAGAGACCCUUGAUGCACGCUUUGACAUCAGUCAGCUGAUUGAACCUGAUGGCCCCUGUGAGGCUGCUGGUAUUACGGAGGAAUUUACAGCAUCCGUACGAAGGGCCAGAGACCUGAAGAGUGUUAAACCCGAUGGAUCUGUGUACCAGGAUAGUGGAGAAAGUUCCAGACAGACACUUCACCGAUCAAAGCGCUCGUGGAUGAUUCCAGGGACUCUGUGGUGUGGCUCGGGAAAUAAGGCUACUGGCUUUACUGACCUGGGUAUCUUUGAGGAAACCGAUAAAUGCUGCAGAGAACAUGACCACUGUAAAGACACCAUCGACUCUUUUUCAUACAACUAUGGUGUCUUCAACACAAAUAUCUUCACUUUAUCACACUGCGAUUGUGACAACAGGUUCCGCCGCUGUCUCCUGGGUGUUAAUAAUACCAUGUCCAACCUUGUGGGCUACGGAUACUUCAACGUGCUAAAGAUGCGCUGCUUCGAGUUUUCUCAACGGAUGCAGUGUGCGAAGAGAACGUGGUGGGGCAUGUGUGUAAAUUCAGAACUUGCUCAAUACGCCGUGGUCAAAGACGCAGCAAACUACACCGACACGCUCCCUGAACAAGACAUGGAGACUCUGGAAAUGAGUUUCCAUCAAGCAAUCACUUUAGGACAAAACCAGGUCACCAAAAACAUGGAAGAAUCGCUUAUCAUGCAAUCCAAAGAUUCCAAGAGCAGCACUGAAGAGCCGAGUCCAGUUUCUACAUCAUCACCAUGGCCAUCUGUUACAACGCUGCUGUCCCGGAAAUCUGAAGCUUCCGUAGUCACAACAUACGCACCAAAGACAACAAUCCCCCAAAAUAAACCAGACAGACAACAUCAAGGCAAGUUUGAGAUGUGUGGCCUCUACAGGGAUCUGGAUUCAUGCCAUCUACAGAUCCCUGCUUUACAAGAGAAAUUCGGUUUACGAAACCCUGACCUGAGAACCCUUUAUCACUGUAACUGUACUGCCAGGCUCGUCCAAAAGAUCUUGUCGAAAGAACUGGAUGAAACUGACCCUGUGCAUUUGCUGUUGAUGGACUUUGUGUCACAAUCCUGUUUCACCCUACCACAGACUGAGAACUGUCUCAGUGGAAAAAGUUGCUCAACCCAUCCACCAGAAGCACAGCUCAUCCAACACUGGAGGAAAGACGUGGCAAGUGGACGACAUCUAGUGGACUUCAAGCGCAAACUCAAGAGGAUGAACCUCAAGCGCUCUAAGAGAAAAGACUCUCCAGUCAGAUUAUAUAAGAAAUGCAUCAGGAUGCACACUAAACGGCAGAGACCUCGAGUUCCUGAACGGAAACUGUCAUAAAGCCCAUUUUAACUCAACAAAGCAGAACAAAACUUGCAAUGGGAAUGGGGGAAACGUUUUUCUUCAUAACUCACAACCUGCAAAAAAUCUACAUUUUGGUGUAAAGAAUUUGUGCUAAAAUAGUACAGUGAAUAUAUUUAUAUCGAGAAACACAGGGUUAUAGUCGGCUAUUACAUUUAGCCUAAUAGGUCAGGGUGUUACGGUUACCUCGUUAUGGGGUAAUUGUUAUUUUACAAUAGCUGCAAGGAAUUAUGUGCAUUUAAAGCAAAAUUGUGAAAUCUGUCUACAUUAAUAAUUGGAAAUGGAUAUUCUGCCACACACUUUAGUUAAUGCAUCUUAAAAAUUCAAAAGCUAUAGAAUUUUCUUUCAUAACUAUUUUUAGAGCCUCAACCUCACAGCUAUGCUAAGAUCGACGAGCUAGCCAUAGAUUUCAAUCAAGUCGAACUUUACUCCACAAUCCAGAGAUAAACUAGAUAUAAGUUUGAAUUCAAACCAAUGCGAACUUUAUACAGCAGUAUUGAACAUCCCAAAAUCAUUUUCAUACCUCAAAAUCUGUUUUCCGUUAUGUUUUCCUCCUGAGGCGCAAUUCCCGCUUAUUCUCCUCAGGUAGAGCGGCAUGCAAUUGCGCAUGCGCCGAAAUGUCACCACUCUUGAGGAUUUACAAUAUGUUUUGGAUUCUGCUACCUAAUAUUUGCACUAUAUGUUAAUUAAUGCAACAAGCGAGUGUUGCAAAUGUAUGUACAUUUGUAAAUAACAUGUAAAUGAACUUUAAUAAAAAAUCUUUAUAUGA